GGCGGCGGCUGCGCGCGGGGCCGGCCCCGCUCCUCGGCCCGCGGAGCUGCCGCCGCCGCCGCUCCCGCGCUACUUUGUGUGACUUAACUGGCGGCGCUCCCCGCUGUGCGCUUUGCAGCCACCUUUCAAGGAUUCAUUUACUUCCCCCCCCCCCCCCGAUGAUUUCCAACUCAGUAUAUAAAUACUAACCGGUUUUAAGCACAGGAGAAUUCAAAAACUCUGCUCGGUUCCUAGUGUCAUCGUUUUGGGGCUUUCAUUUUACUUUUUUUUUUUUUUUUCGUCCAGGAACGAGUGUUGACAGCCGGUCAGUUUCUGUCUUAAAGGGGAUUACCUUUUAACUGAAAGCUAAAGUUGAGUGAAUGAUCCCACCCCAGAAACGGCGCUCUACGCACAGAAGCAAGUGCCUCGGUUUUGGGGCAGUCACGCUGUUGCGCGUGUGUAAAAAAACGUGGCUCAGCAAAAGGAAAGAGCGCAUCUGGAACAACAUAUUGACUCCUAUAGACCGCUUCAUGUCGAUGCGUGAACAUAGACUCUUAGUUUCCCUGGGAGCUGCUGUAGCCUUUACAUCCCCCAAUACGUUUUUCUUUUUUCCUUUUUUUUUCCCCAAAUCACCAGCUUCUCCUUUAAACGGUAAGAUAAUGCUAUUUAGCCCAGCAUUAAGUUUGCACACCUGCGUGUAAAUUAAUUACAACUUUCAAUUCUGAAAAUACAUUUACUAUUUUCACACAGGGGAGUAAUUCCACUGGUGUUUAUUGGGCCACUCAGCGUGCAUUUAUGUCUGAAGCUGCACAGGCGAGUGUUCCCAGGAUCACAGCCUGUACGAACAACUUCAUUCUUUCACCUUAUUCUUCAAGGUCCUUAACAGCCUGAAAAGUUUUUGCUUCCAUUAAAGUAAAAUCAAGGAUGAAAGUUGUUACGAAGCAGAUACUGACUUUGGUUAAAUGCCCAAAUAUUUGUUUACAUUUUGUGGUGUGUUUAUGAGGGUCUAAUGGGAAAACACUGCUGUACUGCAUAUAGUAAGGCACUGGUUAGUAUAAUGGCAAAAAAUACUUUUACUGCAGUUCCUUCUUGAAUCCUCAAGAGCACGGCUGUCUUACAAUACUAUGUCUCUUUUUUUCCUUUUAACCUUGCUGCUCACCAGAUAACCAGAACAGUUAAUUCUACCAGCCCGUGGCUAGGGAUACAGUUACUAUAGUAACAUUUACAAACACUCUACGCAUGCAGAACCACUGCCUGCUACUGCAGAGGAGCAGCUUAGAAAGAAAUCACUCUUUAACUGCAAAUAGAAUGACAUGGGAGGAAAAGUCGCAAGACAAAACAAACCCACCUGGAUUUUGAACAUUCCAGAGAUGAGGAAGAUCAGCUGAAGGUCACAAUUGCACCCUAGUACGAUGAUUCCAAGCGCAUUUCAGUUUUUUUGCUCUGUGUGUCAACAAGCAAUAUAUCCCUACCACCUUCUUCAUCAUAAAAUAACCCAGAGCCCUAACUUCGCUGGGCUUUGAUAGCCCAUAACGAUUGGCAACACAACAGCUCAGAGACAGAAACUAAUUUAAAAAUUGACCAAGAUUCCUAAAUAUUCCGCGACACAUAGGCACAAGAUUGAUUGCUCAUUUGAACUCCUUAUGGAUAAUCACACUCCUACAUCAUAUUAUGAUCGUGCUAAUAUUAACCACCCUAGUACUUCUAAGAAAGUAAAGAGUUCUUUAAUAAAAGCAUUAUCAAUUUGCCAAGAUAAAAAUUCCCCAUGGCAGGGAGAAAUGGAAGACAGAUUCAUUGUGCUCGACAACUACGGAAACAGGGCAGAUACGUGUUUUCUGGGGUUACUUGAUGGCUCCUAUGGCGCGACAGCUGCAGAAACAGUUGUAGCAGAGCUUCCACUUCUAUUUCUUGAUCAGCUUGCUCAAACGGAUUCCUCCUAUAAAAAGAGUAAGGAUGAACAGCAAAUUCUAGAUUCUUUUGCCACAGUCAUCAAGGCAGAUUACAGGGAAAAAGAGAAGAUUUUCUCUGAUAAACCAGGCGAUGACAAGACCAACAAGACCAAUACUCACGAAUGGAUUCACAAAGCAUAUGCCAAGUCCUUUUGGAGAAUGGAUAGACUUCUACGACUGGGCAGGAACGAGGUUUCCAAAGUUCGCUGGAGUGGCUGCUCAGCUGUUACCUGUUUGGUGGAGAGAAUCCCCAGUGAAGAGACAGAUGGCACACAGGAAGAAGAAAGAGAACAUUCUGAAGACAACACACACAGGCCAUUAGCCAGGACAGCCAAAGGUGUUGCUGGGUUACUGCAUAUUGCCAAUAUAGGUAAUGCACAUGCAGUCUUAUGUAAAAAUGGGAAGAGUCACUGCCUCUCAAAAGAGCACAGCACCUCUAAUGUAAGCGAGAGAAAUCGUAUACUUCAGAAUGGUGGGAACAUCAGCAUUAAUGAACCAGAUGGAUUAGUAGAGGGGUACCUGAGAACUACCAGGGGUCUUGGACAUCAUGGAGAUCCAGUACUGAAAAAAUCUGUUAUACCUGUACCUCAUACUAUAUCUGUCCUUAUCGAUGAUACCUGUCAGUUUCUUAUUUUAGCUUCUAAUGGGCUUUGGGAGGUUUUGGAUUACCACAAAGUACUUGCAAUAACUCUAACAACAUUCACUCAUUAUUUGAGAAUGUAUGAAUAUAUUCAACAAAAUGGGACUUCUCCGUACAAGUAUCAGUAUUUGCUGCCCCUCACUGAAGAGAACUUAAAUGAUUCACAGGCUGUUAAUGAUCUGCAAGAUGCAAUAGAGAUACUGUAUUCCAAUAAAGACAUUUUUCUCAUUGACUCAAGGGGCAACCUGAAAGAAAAUAAGCCAAAAUAUUCUCAGAGGAAACAUUUGCAAAGUGAAGACAGAAUUCCUAAGGAAACUGAUGACCGCAAAAAUCAAGCUGAUCCAGAAUUGUCUCUUUUCAGUAACAAUGAGGUAAAUUCACAGAACCAAGAGAUAAAACAGUCUGAUUCUAGCACACAAGGUGGCUCUGCAGAAUUGAAACAGCUUGAGAACAGGGAAGUUUAUCUAUGUAACAGUUUUCAGCCACAGUCACAGACUGCAGAGCAAGAAGAAACACACACUGACACUUUCUGUGCAACAGGUCCAAGUUGCACCCAGAAACAGCUGCCAGAGAACACACUGGCAAUAGGGUCUAAAGACAUGAAACAGCCCCCCAAAGAUACAAAAGCAUGCCUAUCUGUUGACGACUCAGGUCCACAACCAGCAGAAGAAAUGGACUCCAAGAUAUUUUGUGACAGACCUGCAAGUUACACUGGUCAAGAACGGCUAAAGGCUGUAUCACCCGUGGGUUCUGAACCCCCCGCCCCCCCCUCUGAAGCAGACACACCACCACACCCGUCCCAUCGCAAAUUACAAACUGCAGGAAGGGGCAGCGCCACCCCCGAGACACUCUAUGACAACGCAGCAAGCUACAUCAGUGAACAACUGGUAAAGACAGCAUUAGCUGCAGGUUCAAGAGAUAACAUUACUAUUUUGAUUGUGCUUCUAAAUGGAUGUGAUAAGAUACCCAAUUACCUCAACAUUUAAAAAUUUAUCAUAGAAUAACAGGAGUGCUACAGUAAGCUCAUAUUUAGCUGUGUCAUGAAUUUACUUGUAAUCAUCUUAAACGCUGACCCAUAUAGUAAAUCAGACAUCUUGUCUGGAACUGUACAAAUGCAAUAAAACCUUCUGAAACUGUCAAUAAGAAACAGUAA